AUGACCACUUCGGACAAACUAAAAGACCUCAUCGAAUCACACCUCUCUCUCAGCAUAAGUGGCCCAUCCUCCUUCCCCCACUCCACGAACGAAACCGACAAUUACACCCUCACAGUCACCCUCAAGUAUCACGCCCCCUCCCCCGCUCCCCAUAGCCUUGACCCACCACCUCCGCUCCUCCCCGCAAUAACGAUCAAAGAAGCCUUCUCGCCUCUCUCCACGCUCUCGUCGCUCCUGGGUCUUUACCGUCUCUACCCUGUCCAAUCUUCCACCACGCCUUCCAAUCCUUCCAAUCCUUCCAUCAACCCUGAGACAGGGGUUAAGCACGAAGCUAGCGCCGAAGUCCCAGUGCACUUCAGCAAAGCCGACAUCGAUCUCGAUAUCACCCCCAAGCCCGUGACGGAGGAUAACGGCUUCACGUGCUUGCACCCGGGUGAAGAAGUUGUGAGAGAUGUGGCGAUGGUGCCGAUGUGCCAUCGUGUUGAACAGGGGGAGAGGUAUGUUAUUAGGAUCGUAGAUGCGAGCGGGGAGGGGGUUGAGGUUGGUGAAGGUGGUGGGGAUGGAGACGGCCUUGUUGAAGCAGCCGUGGAAGGUUCUGGGGAAAAGGCCAGGAAGGGGGAGUGGGAGGGCCAAGGGAAGGCAUACGGCAGAAUCGAAUGGUGGGGCGUAGGCGAGCUGUCCGCCUUCGAAGGGGAAAAGGUCGCCGUGACGGAACGGAGUAAGGAUGGAGGAUUGAUUGUGAGGGAUUUGGGGGAGGGUGUGGAGGUUGUCGUUGAGAGUGCUGAGGAGGAGAAAGCGUAG